AUGAAUGAAGUGAUGAAACCUAUCGAAUAUUAGCAAUUGUUUAUAUUUUAAUCAUAAUAAUAUCUUUAUAUGUUUUUUAAUAAAAAAUGUUGGAUUGUUCAAGUGUAAUAUAUACAAAAAGAUAAUAAUGGAUCCGGAGAUAUUGGUAGAGACGCUACCUCUAUUCGGUAUUUGCAAUUUGUGCUUAACUGAAGGCCCAGUUAAGAGUAUGUUGCUUACAGAACAUCGAGAAGAAAACACGGAGUCUUAUAUUGAUAUGUUGACAAAAUGCUUCUCUAUUGACAUAACUAUACUGCAGUUGGGCGACUCCAAGCGUUUGAUCUGUGAUCCCUGUAUUAGCAAGCUGUGUGAUUGUCUGUUGUUUCGUCAACAAGUGGAGACAUCGCUCAAAUCACUCGAGUCUGCUUACAUAUUACAUAUAGAUGAUGACCAGGACGCGUUCAGUGAGGUGAAGAAGGAGACACACGGCGACCUGCACGACGAUUUCGACUUCACCGACUUCGGAGACGAGGAGGACCACAUGACACUAAACGAAUUCAAAAUAAAAGAAGAACCCCAAAAUGAACCAAGAAAAACAAGAAGUACAAAGAGCAAGCCUAAACUAAUGAAGAUAUAUAAUAAAAUUAAAAAGAACGACCUCAAAGACACUGAAGCCAUGCUCGAUGUGGGACUGUUCCCCUUCAAAAUCCGUAAAAACUUCACAUUCACUUGUUCCAUAUGCCCUGAAAGUUCCAAAAAUCUGGACGACAUAAAGAAUCAUAUAACUGAACACAACAAGAACAACAUACACUUGGCAUUCAGGAAAAUGAUGUUCUCCAACUCGCAAAGGACGCGGUUCUACAAAUGUUCAACGAAGUUACGCUGCAAACUGUGCACAACAGAUGUCGCUAGCUACGACGAGCUCAGACACCACAUAGACAACUGUAGUCAAUUGAAAUACGGCAGAAAAUGGAACAAGCUACCCUUCAAAUUGGAGAAGGACCAACUAGACUGCCCCGUAUGCAAGAAAACGUUCCUGAAUUACGUAAGUUUGAAUACGCACAUGAAUAUCCAUUAUCCUAAUUAUAUUUGCGAGAAUUGUGGGAAGGCGUUCGCGUCGAAAGCGAGACUGCGUGGUCAUAUGAGGACGCAUGAGGUAGGAAACUUUCCGUGUAGACAUUGCGACGCAGUUUUUGAUAGAGUGACCAAGCGAGAGAAUCACGUCUCUAAAGAGCAUAAAUCUGGUGUUCGGUACGCUUGUAAGCGCUGUAAUAUUUCGUUGACAUCGUUCUACGCAAGACAGAAGCAUCUAGCUGAGGUGCACAAUGAAGAACUGAAGAGAUAUAAGUGUAAAGUGUGCUCCCAGUGUUAUAUAACGCCUGGACAUCUAUCCAGCCAUGUACGUAGGGACCAUUUGAACGAGAGGAACCAUAAGUGUGACAAGUGUGAUCUAGCGUUUUACACGAAGAAUGCCCUCAAGAUGCACAUGAUAAAGCACGACGGCGAGAGAAUACACACGUGCCACAUCUGUCAGAAGUCGUAUCAGAGGAAGAAGACGCUAACAGAACAUUUGAGGAUACACAACAACGAUAAAAGGUUCGUAUGCCCGGUCUGUGGGAGGGCGUUCACGCAAAAAUGCACUUUAAAAGGACACCUCAAGGUUCAUGAGAGGAAGUUAGAUUUGGAUGAGAGGAUCGUUCAGCCGCUGCAUUCAGCGUAAAAAUUACUGAUAGUCUUCGAUCAAAAAUGCAACUAGAUGUCGGGCUAAUGCGGACGUAUAAUGCCUUUUUCUACUGGGGUCUUAUUUUGAAUUAGGUUUUUAUGCAGACAAAGGAAACUGUGAUUUGAUGUUUGUAUUUAAGGUUUAAAUUACAUUGCAAUUUUUGAUGUUAUUAUAUGGUAGAUAAUGAUAGUAAAUUGUAUCAAUUUUGUAGUCAAAUAAUGUCAUAUUUAAAUUCCGUUUGAGCUCGUAUGACUAUCUAUUUGGUAUUAUUGAUCGAUGGCUAUGCCUAUUGCGUACCAAAUUGUUGGGAGGUUAAAAUAGUGACUUUCAGUGAUUUAGAAUCAACAUCGUAAUGUCUCUUUUUUAUUAGGCUGUAUGGACUAUUGUCAAGUGCUUGGACCUGUAGCACUGCGACCUACAGAGAUCUAUUGUGCUCGCCCUUUUUAAGAGUUCGCGACCUAGAAUUGAACAAUUCGACAAGAAAUGAAGGAUAUUCUUAGGAGCGACAGUUUUUAUCUCCUCAGGAUAGAGUGCAAACUUUCCAAAGGAGAUAUUACGUUUAUGUAUGAGUGAGUUACAGCCACAUAGGAUGUGUAGUGGCGUUUCCGUGAUGUUUUUGUUCAUUCCAUAUUCAGCGCCAUUUUAACAACUUUUACAUCGUGUAGCAUGUUGGCACGCUACCACACCAUCUCACGAUUGCGGGUUCGAUUCUCAG